AUGGCCCACCUGGUCUCGGCACUCCCGGGAUUGAACCACGCCAAUGGCGUACUACCCAAAGGGUCCUCUGCUGGUCUGGCGUGCCGAUCUCUUUCUUCGGCGUACUCAUUGCGUCACAUUGGGACGCGCCUAAAUCGUGUCAAGGCCAAGUUGCGUGCGGCCACUGAGGCUGCGCUGAACGCACGAAAAUUGGCCGCUAGUGAUGCUUCACAGAACAGUAAUGUAAUGCGUAAUCGGCGCCCAAACGCAUCCGUCCAGUCGCCAAAACUGUGCGUUACUGUAAAACGAACGAGCUCCUGUCGCACCGUUCGACCUAUCUCAACAACACGAUCAAGACGUUCAACAAUGUGGCUACGGUCUGCUCCGGCAGAUGAGUCGAAACAACCUACGGAUUCUGCCUCAUCUCCGUCGAGUUCCUUAUCAAGGAAAACUCACGGCGGGUCUCCUGAGAAAACAGUCACUAGGGAUAUAACGCUGGAACCUCCAGAACAGUCCAAACAAAUAGAGCUACUAUCCCAAGAGGGUCGUAUAACGAUGCGACACAACUCAGUAUACCUCGUUUCGUAA